AUGAAAUACCUGUGUUUCAUAAACGUCCCACUAAAUAUUACGGAAGAGGUUUCUUUGAGCUCCGCUCGACAUAUGUUCAGUUACGACACUCGAUCUAUGAUCAUAAAGCUCGUGACUGGGGCCCAUGACGCAGCUUCACGCGGCCUGCUUUAUGAAGUGCGAGAUAUGGUACACGAUAUGGGACUGCAUAGGUCGAUUCACCCGGUAGGGUCUAAACGAGUCCGAGGUCGCGAUGCAAAAUGGCCGACCGUUGUGGUCGAAGUUAGAGUCUCUGAGUCCUAUCGAAAGUUGAAGGCAGAUGCAGAAUGGUGGCUCACGAACUCUAAGGGCGAUGUGAAUCUUGUAAUCAUCGUGUCUAUCAAUCGAACGACACCUAGUAUCAAGUUUGAGGCUGUUUCUUUGGACAUCAGCUCCUUACGACACCAGCGGCCCCGCUAUGUCCCAACUAUACGGCAGUCCAUUACGACAUCCCGCCGCGGCGCACAGAUUACCACCAGCCCAGCAGUAGCCUUGACAAUCGAGUUUGAGGAAUUGUGUUGUUGCCAACCAGUCCCGCGCGAGCAUGACAUUGAAAUCUCACCUGAUCAGUUGGCAGAUAUCUCAAGCGAGGUCUGGAUGGAGCAAAGUCUAUAA